AUGGAAGCAAUCAAUGUCGAUGUAGAUGAUCAAGCAAUCAUUUGUCAGGAAGGAGAAGAAUCUGAUCAUGAUGAUGAUAAAGAUGACUCUAGAUCUGUUGCAAAUAAUCGAUUAUUCUAUCAAUACAGUCAAUACUUGAUGUCGAUGUAUAGACAGAUCGGCUUCUUCUUGAUGCGUUUCGAGUUGCCUCUUUACAGUCAAUGUGAUGUACUCCCAUUUGCUCGAGAAGACACCCGUCACACCACACCGUUAUUGUCAGAGUAUACAAAACCGUCUGAAUGGAAGUGGAAUCAUAAUGACCCCUCACAAGACUCGGUCAAGUCAAAGUCAUCAUGUUGGAUGCCAUCACGAUUCAAUCGUAGUAUUCUCUUGUUUGUCGAUGCACUUCGAUAUGACUUUGUUGCACCCGUGAACACUACCACUACAGCCACAACCAAAUCCAACCGAAUAAUGACCAACAACCAAUUGAAACAUAUACAACACCUCUUGGUCACACAACCACACAACACUUUGUUGUACCGAUUCUAUGCUGAUCCACCAACCGUCACCUCACAAAGAAUUAAGGGUAUUACGACAGGCUCGCUACCAACCUUUAUCGACAUUGGUUCAAAUUUCAAUAGUCCAGCUGUUGCAGAGGACAAUCUUAUCCGUCAACUCACUGACACUAUUAGAAAAAAGAGGACAGUGUUUGUAGGUGAUGAUACUUGGACAAACAUGUAUCCAAAGAUGUUUUACAAGUCGUAUCCCUUUUCUUCAUUUUUUGUACAUGAUUUGGAUACUGUUGAUUUCGGUGUAAUGGAUCAAACCAACAAGAUGCUAUCCCCACUUAAACAAUCCAAUACAAAACCAUUCGAUCCAAGAGAAAUUCAAGAAGUCGACCUUGAUCGUGGUAACCGUCAACAUCGUAGUCCAUCAAAAGAAAAAAGAAGACAAAAAAGACAACACACCCGCUCCUCUUCUGCAGAGGAGUCAAUAGUAGACAAUGACUGGGAUAUUAUUAUUGGCCAUUUAUUGGGUGUUGAUCAUGUUGGUCAUAGUCACGGUCCAUAUAAUCCAUCAAUGAAAUUAAAAUUAAAUCAAUUUAAUCUUUAUUUUAAAGAUAUAAUUGAAAGAAUGGAUAAUGAUACAUUAUUGGUAAUUAUGGGAGACCAUGGAAUGACAAAUCAAGGGACACAUUCAGGAUCGAGUAAAGAAGAGACAGAUGCAGCAUUAUUUUUCUAUGCAAAGAAUCAAGUAAUCAAUGCAAGCAUACCGUACAAUUUAUUUAAUCAUGACCCCAAGGCAACAGUCGAUCGAAAAGUUGAUCAAAUCGAUUUUAUAUCAACUUAUUCAUUGUUGAUGGGUGUGCCAAUUGGUUAUAAUAGUUUGGGAAAGGCUAUUCCUGAAUUGUUUAUAUCGACCUCCAAGACGCUACCAAACGGACAAGUUCGAGUUGAAAAGUCGUGGCCUACUCUAUUGGAUGCGACAAGACUUUCAACAUGGUCAAUCAAACGUUAUGUAGACUCUUAUCGACAAGCAGUACCAUCUUCAGAAUUGGCUGCCAACUCUGAAACCCUUACCAAAUUCUAUGGUAUUCUCGAUGAUGCCGAUCAACGAUACAGUCGAGUUUCAUCAUCGAUCCAAUCCAACCAACCAGUAUCAGAGUUUGAAUAUAUUAAAAUGAAGAAGAAGAAAAAGAAAAAGAAAAAAGAGAUUAUAAGUUAUAGUAUGAUUGCAAUUUAUUCAAGUUGUUUUCAUUAUUAUUUUGGUGAAAGCAAACAACAAUCAUUUGGAUUUAUAUUACUUGGUCAUUUGGUUAUUUGGACAAAUAUUGGAUUAAUCAUUACUAUAUGUCAAAAUUGGUUCAAUACUAUAAACAUUCAACAAUAUAAGAGAAUCAAGAUCGGACGUUUAAAAGAACAAACUAGAACAGUAGCCAUGACAAUUGGUUUAGUUUUAGUUUUCUUUUUGGCUACCUAUCCUCCCUUUCAAUUAAUCAAUGAUUCAUUUUUGAAAAUGCAAAACAUUGAAUCCUACUAUGACUUUAUUUAUACGCAAAUUAAAAAAGUCAUUGGGAUUCCAGUUGGAUUGUUAUCAAUCCUUUCAUUAUUACCUACACCAAUCUAUAAUAGAGUUUUGAAAAAAGAGAUUGCCAAACAAAUCGUUUGGUUUGUCUUGUUGUUUGGAUCGAUAUGUUUAUCAAGUAGAGAAUAUAUCAAUCUUUACAAAGGAUGGUUAUACAAUAUCGAGUCCAUCAAUGAAUCAAAUCUAUUCACAUUUGAUUCAAUACUCAAAUUAUCAUUUAAUAAUUUUAUUACUUGGUGUUGGACUAUUCCAUCCCUUUAUUUUAUCUUUAAUAACAUAUAUAAUCAAAAUAAUCAAAAUAAUAAUAACAAAUUAAAAUAUUCAACAUGUUUAUUAUGUUUGACUAUUUAUUGGAUUUUAGAUUCAAUCAAACAUUUAAAUGAUGUUCAACCAAAUUGGAUCAUCAAAUCAUUCCCAGUUUGGAUUAUUUAUUCAAUUACCAUUUAUUCAAUAAUUAAAAUAAUCAUUAAUAAUAAUAACUAUAAUAGUAAUAAUAACUGUAAUAAUGAUAAUUUAUUUUUAAAUCAAUAUUUAAAAAUAAUAAUACCAAUGAUUAUAUUAUUAUGUACAUUAUUGGGUCCGAGGAAUGUGGUUGGAUUUGUUUGGAUGUUGGUACAAUAUAUAAUAAUUGCAAAGAUUAUGAUCAAUAUUAAAAAGGAUUGGAUCAAAAACAACAACAACAACAAUAAUGGUCAAAUGAAAUUGAUCUAUUCAAUAUUUCAAACUACUCAUUGGAUAGUGACAAUUACAACUCUAUUUUAUUUAUCACUAUUCCAUUUCCAUUCUACUGGUCAUGAAUAUGGUUUGGGGUCACUUCAACUUGACUGUGCAUUUAUAGGAUUUCAAGGUUUAAAUCAAAUCAGAGCAGCAUUUAUGAUACUUUUAAAUACCUUUUCAUCUACCAUUAUUUAUUUCUUAUCAAUUCCAAUAUUUAUUAUUAUUUUCAAUAAUAACAGUAAUAAUAAUGGUAGAUUAGAAUUUAAAAAACAUUUAAUGAUACUAUUUUUAAUGGUAUUAUUUUGGUAUCAAUUAAAUAUGAAAAAAACACAAUGCACAGUGUUAACACCCACCACCACCCAUCAACAGCAUCGAACAGAGAGAGAGGAUAGGAUAGUUAAAGAGGAAACAUCAUUUGUUAAAUCUAAUCUCGAACAUCGUGACCUCCAACAUAACAGAGAUACAUAA